GCUCACAGCCAAAAAUAAGACAAAUCAUUUCUCUCUGUAGAGAAGACUUUCUCUCUCUAGUUCUUGAUUUUCUUGUGUGUCCUUAAAGAAGAUCCUUGGAAACAUGGGAAGUAGUUUCUUUGGUAGACCAAACAUGGGAGGAUCUUCACCGUCUUCAUCGUCUCCGACUUCGUCUUCUUCUUCUCCGGCGACAAGAAGAGGGAAAAAGAAUGGCUCAGAGAAGCCGAAGCAGCCACAGAGAGGUCUCGGAGUAGCACAAUUGGAGAAGAUUAGAUUACACGGUGAGAUCAGUUGCAAUAGCUUCAACAGUUACAACCCUACUUUGUAUCCUCAGGAGGAUGUGAGGAUUCAAGGAGGAUACUCACCCAUGCCAUCAUUACCAUCACAAUCUUCGGCUCCUUACGGUUUCCAUCCAAACAUGAUGAUGGGAGUACAUAGAGAUCAAUACGAAAGAGGAACCUUGAGUUGGAACCCAAGCUACGGCAUCUUGGAGAGCCAACAUUCUUUGGAACCAAACAUCACCAGACGUUUCUUACAUGAGGAUCCAAGUUCAACAAGGCGGAGUAAAUCUUUGGGAUCCGGAAACCAAAACUCGGGAUCGAAUGAAAAUCAAGAGCUAGAUUUGGAGUUGAGAUUGUCACUUUGAUCAUUACUUUGUAAUAGUUUGGUCUUUUCUAAAAUUAAAAAAAAAGAAGUCGUAUCAUUUCAAUUUGUGGUAUAUCAGAUUUCUUUAUAUCCUAGGAAUUGUUUUAUAUUGCUCAGUAGAAAAAGGUUUAAAGCUUUAAGAAUGAAAUUGUUUGUACAUUUUGGAAAGGAUUUAAAAGCUAGAUUCAUAGAAAAUUAUGAUCGUUCUGCAUCAUAAUCA